AUGAUUAAGAAGGGGAGCCUGAAGCUGCGCAGCCUGAAAAUCGGGCGCAGCUCCGUGGGAAACGUGAAGGUGGAUGGGAAGUCGAUCUGCAAGGAUGAGGCGAAGAGGAAAAAUGACGAGAAGCAAAAGAGGCUCAAAAUGUACAGGACGAAAGCAAACUUGAAAAAAAUGAACACCAAGAUAAAUGAAGUCAGGAGGAUUGAGCCUAAUAUAAAGUGGUUUAACAACACCAGGACCAUUAGCCAGAGCAAGCUCGAAAUCUUUAGGGAGAAAAUGGAGGAGGCCACACAUGACCCAUUCAGCGUCAUCAUUAAGAGGUCCAAAAUCCCGGUCGAGCUUCUCAGGGGGGGCGGCGCAGGAGGUAGUGGACAUGGGGUGAGUGCAAACGGACUGGUUCCCCCCCCCCAAUUUGAAAAAAAAAAACAUCAGAGCGAAAGCAUGCUCAGGAUGGAAAAUUUUCAGGACGUGUACGGGAAGAAAAAAAAAAGGAAGAGACCAAAAUUAAAUGUCGGCAGCUUGGAAGAAUUGGCAGAUGAUGCGAAAAGGAAAUUAACCAACUAUGAAGCGGACAAGGACAACUCACUAAUUGAGAGCAGGAACAAAGAUGUGGAAAAAAAAUUCAGUAAAGAUCUGUUGCUCAAAAUUGGGCAGUCCAAAAGAAUAUGGACAGAGCUGUACAAAGUCAUCGACAGCUCGGAUAUCAUUUUGGAGGUUCUAGAUGCACGUGAUCCCAUAGGAACUAGAUGCAGAAGGCUAGAAGAAAAUUUAAAAAAAGACAGACCAAAUAAACAUAUUAUUCUUAUUAUGAAUAAAGUAGAUUUAGUACCAACAAGUGUGGCUCAAAAAUGGAUCAAAAUUUUAUCGAAAGAAUACCCAACCAUUGCUUACCAUGCUAGCAUAAACAAACCCUUUGGUAAAAAUGACCUGUUCAAUGUUAUUAGACAAUACACUCAGUUUUUUCAAAACCAACGGAAGAAACAUGUUCAUAUCGGACUGAUUGGCUACCCUAAUGUUGGAAAAAGCGCCAUUAUCAACUCUUUAAAAAAAAAAGUCGUUUGUAUUUCGGCCUGUGUGCCUGGACAGACCAAGUUUUGGCAAUUCAUAAAAUUAACGAGCAAAAUUUACCUCAUCGACUGCCCCGGAAUUGUACCCUACGACAUUGAGGAUUCAGAAAAAAUUCUCAGAUGUACCAUGAGGCUAGAAAAAAUCACCAACCCCCAUUUUUAUAUUGAUGAUGUUUUUAAAAUGGUCGACAAGGAACACCUCCUUCGCAUUUAUAAGCUUCCUGAAGAUUUGCAAUAUGAAAACUCCGAGGAGUUUCUGCAAAUCCUGGCCAGGAAAAUGGGCAAGCUGCUCAAGGGAGGCGAGCCGGACAUCACCUCCGUCUCUAAGAUCAUUCUUAAUGAUUGGAUCAAGGGCAAGAUCCCGUACUACGUCGAUCCGGACGGGGCGCCGCACGCCGCAGGGGGAGUCGCGCCACAGUCCGAUGAAAAGGAGGAAUUGGCGUCACAAUCGAGCGAGGAAGAAGAGUUGGCGGUAGAGUCAGGCGAGGAAGAAGAGUUGGCGGCAGAGUCGGGUGAAAAGGAGGAAUUGAUGGGCGAUGUCCCGACCGAGGAGUGCUAG